CUCCUCCCUUCUCUUCUCUCUCCACUCGCCGCCCCGCCCCGCCCGCACACACCACCUGUCUCCGCCUCCGCUCCGGCCACGCUCCCCUCCCCGCAUUCCCGAUCUCGCCGUCGUACUUGCUGCCUCGCCUUCCCGUCUCGGGUUCCGGCCGGCGCGGGUUGUCUCGGUGCUAGUGGGCCUUGGGCCGGCGCGAUGGUGUCGGGUGGGUGCGUGGGGGCGGAAGGGGAGGUGGACCCGGAUGCGGCGGCGGAGAGGGGAGACGCGGUGGCUCCGGCUCCCGCACGGGAACUGGUGGUGGGGUACGCGCUCACCUCCAAGAAGGCCAAGAGCUUCCUCCAGCCUAAGCUCCGGGGACUCGCCAGGAAAAAAGGCAUUCUAUUUGUUGCCAUUGAUCAAAAACGUCCACUGUCCGAUCAAGGCCCAUUUGACAUUGUUCUGCAUAAGUUGACUGGAACGGGAUGGCAGCAACUGCUGGAGGAAUAUCGGGAGACACACCCAGAAGUUACUGUUCUUGAUCCACCUGGUGCAAUAGCACAUUUACUCGAUCGCCAGUCAAUGCUUCAAGAAGUUUCUGAAUUGGACCUCUCGGAUUGUUACGGUAAAGUAGGUGUUCCUAAGCAGUUAUUGGUUAAUACAGAUCCCUCAUCAAUACCAACUGCAGUUACUAGGGCUGGGCUAUCUCUUCCACUAGUGGCGAAACCCUUGGUGGCGAAGUCCCAUGAGCUAUCUCUUGCUUAUGAUCCAUCUUCCUUGACCAAGCUUGAGCCACCCUUGGUUCUUCAGGAAUUUGUUAACCAUGGUGGUGUCAUGUUUAAGGUUUACAUUGUCGGGGAUGCAAUAAGGGUUGUACGUCGGUUUUCACUUCCUAAUGUUGAUGAAGGUGAUUUAUCAAAUAAUGCUGGGGUAUUUCGGUUUCCAAGGGUCUCUUGUGCUGCAGCCAAUGCAGAUGAUGCAGAUCUUGAUCCUUGUGUUGCUGAACUUCCCCCAAGACCACUGCUCGAGAUAUUGGCACGAGAGCUGCGCCGACGACUGGGUCUUAGGUUAUUUAACAUUGAUAUGAUCAGGGAGCACGGAACAAAAGAUCGGUUUUAUGUCAUAGACAUGAACUAUUUCCCUGAAACAGUUGGAGUCCAAAGACUGGCUAGAACCUGGCUCGUCGAAGUUAUAUCUGCUCAGCCUUGCACCAUUGCUUCUCUGUAUUCUUGUGGGUUACGGUAAAAUGCCUGGGUACGAGCAUGUGUUCACCGACUUUCUUCUGAGCCUAGCGCAGAAAGAGUACAAGCGGCGGCCAAGUUAUAGCUCAUGCGAAGGGUGAAAAGUGAGAAGGAGAAGGCCGUGCCCCCAGGUGACCUGUGUUGAUAUGUCUAGCAUCCACAAUGUGUGCGUACAGAUGUGCUUGUCAGGGAGAUAAUCGGUUGUAGAGUUGGGCAUCAGUAGUUGCGAUAAAGCAGCUGUCGAGCUGUAAAUUGUUGGUUCACUUUUGCUAACUGUUCGUGCUCUAAAAUAAUUUUGAUUGACCGAGUGAUGAAAUUAAGCGAUCACUUGAUGUGCAA